AAUCCCCUCUGACUGUGAGUGUGUGUACGCAAGAAAAAGGGAGCGAGACUUCGCCUGCACCUCAAUCUGCUCCGCAUCUUUCCACCGGACCGCAGUGGAUACAGCCGGCUGGAGGGGACUAGCACAUCUACAGCACAAGAUGUAAAGGAGGUGUUUGUUUUUUUGUGUGGUACAGAGCGUGUUUCACAGGUCCGUUUGUUUUAAGGAGCACAGCACAAAAAGCGAAAGCACUGCCAGGCUUUUUCUUUGCGCUCUUCCCUCACUGCUAAGUGGGGAUGCAGGAUACGCAGCAUCACCGGCAUCGUUAGAAUAAAACACCUUCGAGUUCAGCAGGCCGAUCAGAUUUCAAGGCAAGUGAGGGACUAAGGAGGAAAUAUAAAAGUCUCCACCGGUGUGAAAAGGACUGCUUGUCUUCGGAGGAUAAAGUGAGCAGGGGGUAGCUAUUUUUCCAACUAUUUGGGGAUGUGGAUGUUUUUCUAUUCUCCGGGCGCGCUAAUGCCCCAUAUAACAGGAAAUGAUUUGGCCAUCUAAAGAUCAAAUAUAACUGGACUGCUGUUGGUGUUAUCGUUUUAUCUGCCCAGCGAGUCUCGGUGUGUGGAGGGAGGCGCGGAGCAACAUCCAGAGAACUACACAGAGGGGGGGAAUUGAGUUACAUCGCAAUUACGCUUUUCUUGCAAAACGACGUAUUUCUGCGGGCAGCGGACACACACACACACACACACACACACACACAUACAUACACACACACACCAAAACCUGAGCCAAACUAACUGAGAAUUUAUUUCAGAGCUGGACAACAGGGAGCACACAGAUAACCAGUGUGUAUACGCAGCAGCGCAGCUUUCAAAGCCCAAACUCUGUGUGUGUGUACAUAUACACACUUGUGCGAGAGCCGGGGGCACACACACUAUAUAUGUGUAUGUGAGAUGAGGAGAAGCUAAGUGGCUACCACAACCAACCAGAUCAGAAGAUGGAUUAGAGCCCCACACCUCAGGAGAUCAAAGGUGGCUGUGACAGGGGCACCCCCGGGGCAGGACCCAUGAGGAGUCAUAGAAGAUGCUCACAGCCUGGGCGCUUCUGCUCUUCUUAGCCAUGUGGGUGAGAAGCACCUCUGGUGGCCCGCUCUCCUUCAGAAUAGCUGCCAUCCUUGAUGACCCUAUGGAGUGCAGCAGAGGAGAGCGUUUGGCCAUCACGCUGGCCAAAGACAGCAUCAACAGGAGCAGUAACCGUUCCACCACUGGCAAGCUGGAGGUGGACAUCUUUGAACUGCUACGAGACAGUGAAUAUGAGAUGGGGGAGACAAUGUGCCAGAUCAUGUCGAAAGGGGUGGUGGCAGUCCUCGGUCCCUCUGCCAGUCCAGCCUCCAACUCCAUCAUCAGCAAUAUCUGUGGAGAGAAGGAGGUACCCUAUGUCAAGGUUGCUCCAGAGGACAUUCUGAAGGUUCAGUUCCCCCGGUUUACCACUCUGGACCUGAGGCCAACUAACACCGACAUCAGCCUGGCUGUGGCCGGCCUUCUCACCUUCUUUAACAGCACCACCGCCUGCCUCAUCUGUGCACAGGCUGACUGCUUAUUGAACCUGGAGCAGCUCCUCCGGCAGUUCCUCAUCUCUAAGGAGACUCUGUCAGUGCGCAUGCUUGACGACAGCAACGACCCGACCCCGCUCCUGAAGGAGAUCCGAGAUGACAAGACUGCCACUAUUAUAGUCGAUGCCAAUGCCACCAUGUCACAUAUCAUUUUGGAACGGGCAUCAGAGCUGGGGAUGCUGUCAGUCUACUACACUUACAUCUUCACCUCUCUGGAAUUCUCUUUACUCCGACUGGACGACGUGGUUGACCAACGAGUCAACAUAGUCGGUUUUUCAGUCUUCAACAACACUCAUCCCUUCUUCCAGGAUUUUGUGCUAAGCCUCAACCGCUCCUGGCAAGAGAACUGUGACCAUGCACCCUUCGCUGGCACCCCACUCUCCUCGGCUCUGCUCUUUGAUGCGGUAUACGCGGUGGUGGCGGCGGUCCAGGAGUUGAACCGUAGCCAGAAUGUUGGCGCCACGCAGCUCUCCUGCAAGUCCUCCAAGAUCUGGGAGCAUGGCACCAGCCUCAUGAAUUACCUGAGGAUGGUAGAAUUGGAAGGUCUAACAGGCCACAUUGAAUUCAACAGCAAAGGUCAGAGGUCUAACUACGCCCUGCGGAUCAUGCAGAACAGCAAGGAUGGCCUAAGGCAGAUUGGCCUAUGGCACUCUGAAGAUGGACUGUCCAUGGAGAGAAAGCUUCCAUCAAUCAAUGUGACGGACACCCUCUUCAACACGACUCUUACCAUCACAACAAUAUUAGAAAAUCCAUAUGUGAUGCUGCGGCAGAACCACCAAGACCUGGAGGGAAACGACCGCUAUGAAGGCUUCUGUGUGGACAUGCUAAAGGAGCUGGCAGAUAUCCUCAAGUUCAAGUACCGCAUCAGGCUGGUGGGCGACGGACUGUACGGGGUUCCUGGGGCCAAUGGAACAUGGACCGGCAUGGUCGGAGAGCUCAUCUCAAGGAAAGCUGACCUGGCAGUCGCGGGCCUCACUAUCACAGCAGAGCGUGAAAAGGUCAUCGACUUCUCCAAGCCCUUCAUGACCCUCGGCAUCAGCAUCAUGUACCGUGUCCACCUGGGACGUAGGCCAGGCUACUUCUCCUUCCUGGAUCCCUUCUCCCCUGGUGUCUGGCUCUUCAUGCUUCUGGCCUACUUGGCUGUCAGCUGCGUCCUCUUUCUGGUGGCCAGAUUGACACCUUAUGAGUGGUACAACCCCCACCCCUGUCUAAAGGGUCGCUGUAACCUGCUGAUCAACCAGUAUUCACUUGGCAACAGUUUCUGGUUCCCUGUUGGAGGUUUUAUGCAGCAAGGAUCCACUAUUGCUCCCAGAGCUCUGUCCACACGUUGUGUCAGCGGAGUGUGGUGGGCCUUCACAUUAAUCAUCAUUUCAUCCUACACCGCCAACCUGGCUGCCUUCCUUACAGUCCAGAGGAUGGAGGUGCCGAUAGAGUCAGUAGACGACCUGGCAGAUCAGACGGCGAUAGAGUACGGCACCAUGCACGGAGGAUCCACAAUGACCUUCUUCCAGAACUCUCGCUACCAGACCUACCAGCGUAUGUGGAACUUCAUGCACUCAAAACAGCCCAGCGUGUUCGUGAAGAGCACGGAGGAGGGCAUCGCCCGUGUCCUCAACUCCAAUUACGCCUACUUGCUAGAGAGCACCAUGAACGAGUACUACCGCCAGAGGAACUGCAACCUGACUCAGAUUGGAGGACUGCUGGACACCAAGGGCUAUGGCAUCGGCAUGCCACUGGGUUCAGUGUACCGUGAUGAGUUUGACCUGGCCAUCCUGAAAAUGCAGGAGGACAAUCGUUUGGAAAUCCUCAAGAGGAAGUGGUGGGAUGGUGGCAAGUGUCCAAAGGAGGAGGACCACCGUGCCAAAGGUCUGGGCAUGGAGAACAUCGGCGGCAUCUUCGUGGUGCUGGUGUGUGGCCUGCUGGUGGCUAUCUUCAUGGCGGUGCUGGAGUUUGUCUGGAUGUUAAGACAGGCGCCAGGAAAUGAGCAGUCAGUGUGUGAGGAGAUGCUGCGGGAGCUCCAUGGGAUCGUGCUGUGUCGCGACAGCCUGCAGGUGAGGCGCCGGCGGGCGGCUUUGAUGCUGCGGCCGCGACCUUUGCCCCUGGAGGAGCGUCGGGCGCGAGCUGCCGCCGUCAGCCUCAGCAACGGCAAGCUGUGCGGGGGCACCGGACUGCCUGAACCCCUCUCCCACAGACUGGCACAGGAGGCUGCCCUAGUUGCGAGGGGGUGCAGCCACAUCCGCAUUUGCCCCGAGUGCCGGCGCUUCCAGGGACUGAGGAUGCGUCCCGCGGGGGCCACUGGGACCCUCCCCUCUCCUACGCACAGUGAGGAGAGCAUAGAGUGGGAUAAGACCACAAAUAGCAGUGAACCUGAAUAACGCCCAGUGAAUCUAACAGGACUGAUUUCCCAGCAGCCACCUCUCUUUCCAGGGAUCAAAGAUCACAUGGUAUUUUGAUUCAGCCAUUUGGAGCUUGAUCUUAAAGGGCAGAACAGUGCUGUGAACCUUGUUUUGCCCGAGAGGCAACAGCCAGUAGUCAGUUUUGGAGUCUCCUUGGGUGAUUUUUUUUCCUUGGUGAUAGGAGAAACUGAUGAGUCUGUCUCAUUGUGGUCUGUCCCUGUUGGCCCUCUGUACUGUGUCAGACAGGACGGACAAAAACAGCUACGGGGCAUUUGUACUAUGCAGUAUUUUCAGUCAUUUAUCAUUGUGCUGUUUCCUUUUUUUUCCCUUUUUAAAUUAUUUCUGUCCUCUGUUGGAUUAUCAGUACUGAAUAUUGUUAUUCUAUUGUUCUUAAAAAAAAACUUCAAACAAGUUACUUUUUUUAUCUGACAAUUUACUGUAUGAACGUAUAUUGCCUCUGAAGAGCUGCAAAGAUGAACAGACUAAUGCAAGGUCACCCUUCAAAUCCUUUUAUUUUGAAAGUGCCAAAAACCAUGAGUAUUAUCUUGUGGCUGAAGAAAGCACCACAGCCUUGAGAAGACAACAAACUCAACUGAACCUAGAAAACAAACAAACAAACAGAGACGUACAGACACACGGACUUCUUUUAUAGUAGUGAUAUUCUAUUAAAAAAAUGUUUUAACUGUUGGUAUCUCUGAAAGACAGCGAUGCAUGUCCAGAGGUGUUGGCAGAUGCUCAUCGAGUGAUUAAGUGCUAGAGUGGUGCUGAGUAGCUGGAAGAAUGAAAUGAUUUCCUGUUUUGAAUACCUGCUUAAAACCAUGGUGGCUACACAAACACAAAGACAUCCAUUCAUUUCCUCCCUCCUAUGUGUCUUGACAUUACUUUCUUCUCCAUCUGUCCCACAUCUUUGACACAUUUGUUGUCUCAUCACCUCCUUUUCACGAUAUCUCUCUUAAAAAUAUACAUACAGUCUCCUGUGCCGUAUACACUCUUUGUAAGAGAUGAGAGGUAUGUUCAAGAGUGAUUGAGCUUUCACAAGGACGUGCCAGAGCGUGAAUGAAACCCAGCUCCAACCCAACAGAUGUCCCUGGUAAAGCAAAAGUGCAUUUUUUUUUUAUCCGCAGUUGAUUUGAAUUCUUUUCAAAUGUCAAGGCAGUUCAAACUUUUUGACUGAAUGUGAUGUUUUACAACUGCUUAGAGGAGUUUUUUUAUUUCACAUUAGCCGAGAUGCUCUCUGACAUUUUCUACUUUUAUUUCUGCAAAAACCCAAACUAGUCUUAAAAUAUAUCUUCACCAGGGGCUGUAUUCACAAAGCCUCCUAGUGCUAAGAGUUCCUCUAAGUGACGAAAUUCUAAGAAAAUUCUUAGAGUCGUGAUGUUUUCUUAGAAUUUCAUCUUCGACCUUAAG